AUGCAUCCAAAAGUCCGCACCGGCAGCACAACAACGACCGGAGCCAGCCAAGCUCGUGCGAGCCGAAUUCCACUCACCGGCCAAAGCACGCCAAAAGCAUCGCUUCGCAGAAACCGACGCAAUAAAAGCGACAGUGACAACGACUUUGGAAGCGGUGUCGAUUGUGACGAUGCAAAAUGCCGAGAAGCUGGGGAUUCGGCGCUAUCGAAGUUUCAAAGAUCUCAGCAGGACGACAGCCCCCACGGACGAGCCAGCAAGAGGCAGAAAAAGUCCAAAUACGAGGUAUCCGAUACCGAAAAUCUCAGUGGCGGCGAAGGUGCAACCCCUAUAUUCUCCGACGAGCCACUUACUCGCGGCGCUAAAGGAACUCCAGACCAGGGUUCAAACGUCAGCGACGGUUCAACAGAACACUCCAAACUCCAGAUCGACGAUUUGAAUGAGAAUCUGCAGUACAUCAAGAGCCACCGGAAACCCGAAGUCAACGAAGAAGUCACUCCAUAUUUUGAGCUGUACUGCCUCCUGCGGGACAGCAAAUCUUAUUGGAUACGCGAGUCUGUCGUUCAGAGGGCGGCCUCUGCUGCAGUGUGCACGUACUGGGGUUGCGGGGGUGAGGGGUGGAAGCUCUACGACAGACCAAAAAAAGAGGUGGGACGAGAGUUGUGGAAGCGCCCGCUAGCGACAGAUGAGGAUGGUGUCCCCCAUGCCAUUCUGGUUGUGGGACACGAUCUUCGCGACGACGGUCAAUCCAAGUUUCUCGUGCAAAAUGUCGGGUAUCCUGCGUCCCGAGCGAAAUGGUAUGUCGAAAGGACAGUGAGAAGUAGGUGGCGGAGCGAGUGCGAUGACUACCACUUACGUGAUACCGAAUACUACUCCCCAACCGACAAAGCUGGACCAAAGCUCGAUACGAUCGUCGGUCAUCGCGUGUAUCGAAGCGGCAAGAACAGCUCCCUUCGGAGCUUUCAGCUCUCUUGCCAGUGGGAGAUGGCACAGAAACUUGGGAACCCGAGGAGAAAAUCCAGCAGAAGAACAACGCCGCUGUUCUAA